UCUGUCACGUGUAUUCAGCGAGGGGGCAAACAUGCCCACGUGAUGCGGGGCGGUUCCCCUUCGGCCCCGCCCUCUUUACUCUCCGUCCCGCCCAUUUCCAAGAUGGCGGCCGCGGCUUCCGCUGCCGCUCGGCGGCUCUUCGCCGCGCGGGGCGGGCUGCGGCUGCUACGCCAGGCCGCGGCUCCUUCCCUCCUCCGAGCCCCGCUCCAGGCCGCGGCGCCGCCGUUGUCAUGGAGACGGGGCCUAAGCUCGGGCAGCGGCGGGGCGCCGCAGGAGGCCGCGGGGCGCUACCGGCUCGUCUACACGUGCAAGGUGUGUGGGACGCGGUCGGCAAAGACCAUCUCCAAAGCCGCGUAUCACAGUGGAGUCGUGAUUGUGAAGUGUUCUGGCUGCAACCACCACCACGUGAUUGCCGACAACCUGGGCUGGUUCACCGACUUGGCUGGGAAACGGAACAUUGAGGAGAUCCUUGCAGCCCAAGGAGAGAAGGUCAGGCGUGUUGCUGGAGAGGAUGCCUUGGAACUCCUGCUUGAGAAUCCCGAGACGGUGGAACCUCCCAGCCAACUUGGAGGAGGAGAAGGAAGCAGUGGAGCAAAGGGCCCAACGUGACUGUGGAUUGCUCUGCUCUGGACGGAAAGCGCGGGGUGGGGGGGGGUCCUUCAGUGCCCCUGUUAUUUCAAUACAGACUUCUGAAGAGA